AUGGACCGAUUUGACAGCCUAAAAAUUCCAUUUGGACGCCUCGACUUGGACUUAAAAAAAAAUGGAUCAGAUUAUCAAAAGAUGCUGCAAGAAAUCACUGGUCGCACUACAGUCCCGCAGGUUUUCUUCCGUGGCGAAUUCAUUGGUGGCUGCGACGAUGUGAUGGCAAUUGAUGAUGAGACCAUUGUGAAAAAGGCGAAUGAGAUGAAGUACGACUAUGAUAUGGUGAUCAUCGGUGGUGGAUCCGGCGGGUUGGCUCUAGCGAAGGAAUCGGCAAAGUCAGGCGCUAAAGUUGCUCUUCUUGACUUCGUCGUGCCCACACCUAUGGGCACCACCUGGGGUUUAGGUGGUACUUGCGUCAAUGUCGGCUGCAUUCCCAAAAAACUUAUGCAUCAGGCUGCUCUUUUAAAUCACCAGAUGGAAGAUGCCGAAUCCUUCGGUUGGGAUGUAAAUAGAGGUUCGCACGACUGGACAAAGAUGGUGGAAGGCAUUCAGGACUACAUUCAUUCCCUCAAUUUUGGCUACCGUUCAGUCCUGAUGAACGCCAAUGUCAAGUACCUCAACGCCCUUGGUGAAAUUGUGGACGCACAUACUAUUAAGACUACAAAUAAACAGGGCAUAGUGAAGAACAUCACAGCUAACACGAUUGUCGUGGCUACGGGUGAGCGUCCGCGCUAUCCUUCAAUUCCAGGGGCCAAAGAAUAUGGGAUCACCAGUGAUGACCUCUUCUCACUGGAGCAUAAUCCGGGAAAGACACUGUGUGUGGGAGCGAGCUACGUCUCCCUUGAAUGCGCUGGCUUCUUGCGAAGUAUCGGGUGUGAUGUGACCGUGAUGGUGCGUUCAAUUUACCUUCGCGGUUUCGAUCAACAGAUGGCUGGACUAGUCAGUGACUACAUGGAGAAGUACGGUGUCAAAUUUGUCCGUCCCUGCGUUCCUACUUCCGUUCGAUGCUUGGAGGAGUAUGAUCCAGGAUCGAACAAACUUGCCAUCUAUGAGGUUGAGGGUAAAUACGAGGAUGGGACGCCGUUUAAGGAUACUUUUAACACAGUUCUGUUUGCAGUGGGGCGUGAUCCCUGCACAACCAACAUUGGCUUACAGAAUGUCGAUGUCAAGACCACCGAUGGUCGCAUCAAUGUUGAUGACGAGGAGUGCACAAAUGUUCCAAACAUUUAUGCUAUUGGCGACGUUAACAACGUUGGCUAUCAACUGACUCCUCUCGCUAUUCAGGCGGGAAAGAAUCUUGCUCGCCGUCUCUACACCGCAGACGACUGCCGGUAUGGGCUCAUCGCUCCUUUGUAA